UUUCUAAACAAAAUGGCGUAUUAAUCUAAAUUUCGGAAAAACUUUAUUGCAUCGUUUCUCUAAAUCAAAAAAGACAUUUUUAUUAAAUAAUCGUUUCAAUUCACUGUGCAAUGACGUCCUUGAUUACUAAUUUGUUUAUUUAAAAUGGUUUAAUCAGCAGUUAAAUGCCUUCCAUUUUUAGGGGAUGGAUCAAGACAAAUUCCUCAAAGAAUUAGAAGACAUCAAAAAUGUUUAUCAAGAGCAUCAGUUAAGUUCUGGAGACAACCACGACGUUGAAAAUGACAACGCAAUAUGCAACAAGCUCUAUGACGCUUUAAUAGAGUGUUUAGCUACAGAAUCUAAAAGAGUUAAAGCUAAACUGGAGAUAUUAACUUCAUCACUAACUUUUUAUGUGGAACUCCGGUUUAGACAAGAUGCUAUUGCUCCAGAAGCCGAUGCUUUUGGACACUUUCUCUUCAUGGAAUGUUCAAGAUUAGUGUUAGGUAUUGAGUUCCACCACCUAGAUAACUUAGACCCAUACAAAGUAUCAUUCAAGCAUGCCAUAGUUAAUGUCUACACCCGUCUGCAAGAGUUCGCAAUUGGUCAAGUGUUUCUCAUACUCGAGUGGUUGAUGGUCAACCAAUGGAGUCACGCCACACUUGUUGCUAUGAUGAAGGGAGAGGACAUUGAUAAGGAGAUAGCCCUAAACUACAUAAGAAGUGGGGAAUACCCAGAGUUAUUUCGUCUUCGAGUUGAAAUGUUGAUGGAGUCAGGAUGUGACAACUUUGCAUCCAACCUCGUUUCAUGGUGUGUUCUUAGUCCACUGUUUGAAAAUGAUGUUUCACUGAGGUCAACCAAUUUCCUUCUGCUGUACAAACUAAAUAAGAUGACUCAGCUUCAAAACCAGUGCUACCAGCUGACCUGCUGCAUGGCCAAGGAAAUACUCAAGCAUCUGGCACCCAGGGUCAACGAGGACACGGCUCUACUCUUAUGUCUGUCACACAACUUCUUGCUAAUUGACUGGCUCAAACCAACCAUCUAUUGCUGCACUCAGUUGUUGUUGGAAAUGUGGUUGUCUCUGCAAAGACAGAAGGAGGCAGACCUGGAGAAAUUUUUGGACAGUGUUAGCAAGUUGAUCAGUCUCUAUCAAAAUGUACAACAACUGAACAUCGCUCUUGAAGUUAUCGUUCAUUUGUUUGACACUCAGUUCAUCCAGUUCUGUUCUGAGCUAGCCAUCAAGUCUAUACAGAAACAUCAACAAUUGCAACAACAACAGCUUGACAAUGAUGGCCUGACGUCAUCAAACUCAACAUCAUCGUCAUCGAUGCAGUCAAACAGUCAGGCUGCAGUGUUGCAGGAAAUAGUGGCAGGCAUGGCACACACAUGCAAGACCAUCACAAAACUGUACAGAGACCACCCACAAGUUUAUCUGUCGUCUUUGAUGAGCAUCUUAUACCUGCAACCCACUGAAGAAAACUACCUAAACCUGGAUACAGCAUUCAGAACAACUCCAUUCAUUCCCACAACAACGCCAUUUGAUUUCUCCACCAUCUUCCCUGCCAUCCUCGACGUCAAUCCGAACACAUUUGCACUGCUGGUUGAGUGCAUUAACUCGCUUCGACCUGCUGCCCUAAAUUUUAAUUUAGGGUGGGGAGUUCUGUCCAAAAUGUUUGUGUCAUUUGUUGAACAGUCAGAAUUCCCUGAUGAUCUAAAUGCUAACAACAGUAAUGAUAUCGAUAUCAAUGCUAACAAUGUCAACAGAAAUGUUAGCAACGACGCCAGCAAUUGCAGCCAAAUUAACAUUAAUCAUGACAUUAGUGGUGGCAGUACAUUGGUGAAUGACAUGGAUGUCAUAACAUCAGCAUUACACGGGGCUGACGUUAAUAUAAAUGCAAUUAUGAGAGGCUCCGAUCGAGUUGGGAAUGAAUUCGAGGAUGGAACGGAGGAUGUACUUGGCUCUACUGGCAUUGGAAUCAGCAGAUACACAUACUGUGGUGAUGAGUUUGCACUCUCCUCCUCAUUGAGCAAGGCAGAUGACGUUGAUGGCAACACUUACAUGCUUUCCCUGCAUCCAUAUCAAAAUGCUGACAUCAAUUCAACGUCAUCAUCCUCAUCCGGUCAACUUCUUUCCAACAGCAAUAACGAGGACAUUAAUAACAUCAUUCCAAAUCACAAUAACCAUAGCAUUAUACUCGGCAGCAUAAACUCCGGCAACAUCAUUCUCAACAGCAGCAGCAACAACAACAACAACAACCAUGAUCUCAUCUGUGAUACAGUGAAUGACAAGGAGCAGAGUGAUAAUAAUGACCUCUUCCUCCAACAACAACAUCAUCAUCCUCAACAACAUGAUGAAUAUCAUUACCAUCUUCAACAGCAGCAACAACAACAGCAUCUACUGCUUGAUGGUAGCUUAUUUCCACAGGAUGCAGUUAUUACCAUGGCAAUCGGUGGGAAAAAUGUCUUGAACAACAUCACACUGGAUGAUAUACAACAGGUGUUGAAUGGUCCAAUCAUGAGUGGAAGCAAUGCAGGUAAGGAGGUCCCAAUGGAUGAAAACGCCCUUCAAGAGAUCACUGCAUUCCUGCAAUCAGAAAUGGGCCGAAGUGGCAGCAGCAACAGUAGCAGCAACGUGUUCAGCUACAGCCUGCAGCAGUCAACUCAGCAGCAACUAAUGAUGAUGGAUGGAGAUUAUAUGAGGGUUACAUCUCCACUCUUUGGCGAUGACGAUAAUGAAGACGAAGCAGGAGACGACGAUGACGAUCAGCAACAGUGUUGUGACAAUGACGAUGACAAUGGCGCUAGUGGGGAUCUGUCAAUUGAGAGGAGUUACCCACCGCCAUCUUACUACGCUUCAUUGCAGAAUAAAUUCAACAGCACCUUGGGAGUUAACAUUCUAGACAGUAGCGUAGAUAACUGCGGUGAUAAUGAUGCUGGAGAUGACGAUGACGACGUCGUUGAUGAUGAUGAUGAUAAUGACGUCAAUCGUUUGGUUGUUUCGGGCACUAUUCUAUCUUCUCUGCACCAUACAUCAUUUUCACCAUCACCAACCUUAUCAUUCAUAGACCAAUCUUCAAAACAAUCAUUAUCAUCAUCAUUGCCAUCAUUGUCACAGUAUGGACCAGCUUAUAUGUUUGUUUCAUCAUCAUCCUUGCUGCAAACAGUGUCGACAUCAUUAUCUACGUCAUCGCCGUCAACAACGUCGUCAUCGUCUUCUUCAUCAUUAUCAACAUCCGGGGCCAAUAUAUUAGUAACAGAUUCCAACCUUCCUUAUUUGAAGCAGUUACUACCUCACCUUCAAACUGUCAUGCAAUCAGUUCAGACCAUGGCUCUCUGUAGCAGUCACAGUGCAAGCAGCCAUAAUAACCAUUACGUUAACAGCAAUUCAACUGCUGCCAGCAAUGCAUCGCCAGCGACUUCUGCGGCGACAUUACAACAGCCACAACAACCGCAAAUUAUGCAGCAACAUUUUCAACUACUACGACAAAAGCAGCCAUCCGUUUGUGACAAAUCACCUUCAUAUUCCUCGUGUUCAUCGUUAUCCUCGUCAUCGACCAUUUAUCCAUCACCAAUGAUGAUCGGUGAAGAAAUUAUUUCACCACCUCCACAGCAGCAAUCUGACGAGGAUAAUGAUACCAUCACCAACAACGCUAACAUUUCCUCUGCACGACCACAACAACCACAUUGUCACAUUGCCAUUACUGAGCCAUUAAAUGAUCUCAAAUCAACAACGACAUCAACAAUCUUUACACACGUUUCGAUGCCACUUACAACAGUUUCAGCAAUGACAACUACAAAGCCAGAAACUUCUCUUACAUCAAACCAGUCAUCAACAGCUCCAUUAAAUUUACCAUUCCAGCCAUCCAAGCAGCUGAAAUGUGAUGAAUGUGGAAAGGAGUUUAUUUCAAAGGCAGGUAGAACCACCCACAUGCUUCGAGUCCACAAAAAGAACAACAAUACUAGUGCUAUUACUACUGCUACUACAACUGCUGUUGCUACUAAUACCAGUGCCCUUGCAGUUGGCAGUGCCAGUUCUGAUCCUUUGAUGACAGCUUAUUCUAAUGGCAGCAACAGUGAUAGUAAUGUCACAGAUGUCAAUUCAAGUACAUCUGUGAAUGCAUUUAUAUCAUUACCUUCUCCAUCAUUAUCCACACAGCAGGCUCACAUUUCAGCUGUUAGCUUAACACCUUAUGAUGAGAACUGCAAUACAGUUAAUGCUAGCAAUAAUAAUAAUAAUAACUCAAACAAUAGUGCUACUAUUCAUCGGGACAUCCUUGAUCAAAACUCUGAAAUAAGCAAUGAAAAUAAUGCAGAUGACAGCAAAGUUUUUGGUGUUAGUUGCAUUAGCAACAGCAGCAACAAAGACCAUGGAAUGGAUGAUUUAAAAAGUUGUUUUGUUAAGAUAACCAGACUGGGUAGGGAAUCUCCAACUUUUGAUAAGGCAGGUGAUUCUGCGGACAACUCCAUGGAAGAUCAACAGCACCAGCACUAUCAACUGCAACUACAACGACAACACUUCAUGCAACAUUUGCAACAUCGACUGCAACCUCAGCAACAACUGCAACAAAAUCAACACCCGACCAGUAUUUUGGAUCACGACGACAAUUCAACUGACCAAUUUCAUAAACAACAAAUAACAAGUGUGCAACAAUUGCAUCAACUACAGCACAAUCAUCAACUCCAACAAGAGCAGCAACAACAACAAUCACAGUAUUUGAGCUGCAUGUGUGAGUCUUGUGGUGAAAUAUUAGAAUACAAUGACCAACUGGCUUCUCAUAAAUGUUAUCUAAAUUUACCACAAUCGUCAUUGGUCUCCUUGUCAUCACCCUUUGUUUCUUCAUCAUUGUCAUCUUCAUCCAACACCCAAUCACCUUUGAGUUACGAGAGUUUUCUCGAUGGCAACAAACUAAACAACAUCACUCCAAACAACUACGCCAUCACUAAUAAUAUUAAUAACAAUAAUGAUAAUGUGAACAACAACAAUGAUGACAACAAGAGUAGUAAUAUUCUAGAGGCUGAUAAAAUAUACAGACUUGAUACAAGUAGGUUAGGCGGCAGCAGCAGCAUCACACCUCAGCAAAAACUCCUGCUACUUGUUACCUCUCAACAAUCAGUCAAUGUGGCCAACAACAAUCUAAUAAAUUCCAACAAUGGCAACUUCCUCAUUAACAACAACACAAACAUAGACUCUGAUCUGACUGCACAAUCAAAAAUCCAAGCAUUAUUGAGAACAAUGAAAUUACCAACGACAUCAAAAACUCAAAUUUUAUUCAAUCCUUCAUCAUUUUCAGCACCCCUCCCAUCAGCACCGUUGUCAUUACCAUCAACACCGACUACAUUGAUGACACAACAGAUGCUCAUAAAUGCUGUUUCAACAGCUUCAACAAUGCUACCAUUGAAAAACAAUGUACUUGCUGCUCUGCCAAUCCAACUACAACGACUUCUUCAACAUAGAGUUCAACAACUGCAACUUCAACAACUGUGCAGGUUGCAACAACAACAACAAAAACAACAGUUAACAUUAACGUUGCAGCAACAAAAUGGACACCCACAGCAAUUUCAACAGAACAUUGGAGCAACAAAGUUAAAUCCAGCCAACAACAACACUCAAGCUCCUGUCCUUGAAAUGCUGAAACUUGCUGAGCAUUUUUUAAAGAAUAACAAUUUAAAACUUGUGCCACAGCAGCAGCAACAAUUUCAACUGCAACAACAACAGCAACAACAACAAUUUCAACUGCAACAACAGCAACAAUUCUAUAACAAAAGUUUGUUGAAUAUGAAUGUUGCAAAAGGUAACCAACCAUUGACGGUAACUAGUCAGCCAAAUAUUUCCAACUUAAACAUUCCUUUAAAUAACUCAAAUGCAACUUUGCAAAAUCAGGUAAUUAAUUAA